GCAAACCCUUGGCUCUAGCCUAUAGUCAAGCCCCGGUCUUCUCCAAAGCUUUCCUAAUUAGAAAACUUACAAAAGCACCCAAUUCAAACCUCUCUCUAGAGUCUAUACCCACCAACCCCUGCCCCUCUCAGAAUCAAAUCGAUUGAGAUUUUCCAAAUGCAACCUGAUAGGUGUGAAGUCUGAUCUCAUAUCAAGCUGUGGAAAUUUGACUGAAAGUUGGAUGGAUCGAGGAAAGAGACCUAGUAAGUCCAUUGUAGGUGGGAACAAUAAGAUCUACAUGGACCUGAAAGACAUAAUAAGGGAGUAUACUCUCCCUUUUCUUCCUGCAAAAUCGCUUUUCAGGUUCACAGGGGUUUGUAGGGACUGGAAGAUGCAGAUCUCAACACCCUUCUUUGCCCACAACCAGUCAAAUUCGUUCCAUGCUGUGUCAGGCCUCUUUUAUCAAAUCGCUGGCGAGCCACCCUCAUUCAUCUCACUUGAUCCAAAGGCUUAUGGUGUGCCUGACCCGUCUUUGAAGUUCUUGCCUGUUCCAGUUGACAUCAGAGCCUCUUGCAAUGGACUACUCUGUUGUCAGGCUCGCACUGGGGACAAGGCCUACUAUAUGUGCAACCCUGCUACCAAAAUGUGGAAAAAAUUACCUAAACCAGAUGCUGAUCAUGGGACUGACCCUGCCCUUGUGGUCAUUUUUGAACCAUCCUUACUCAAUUUUGUGGCUGAUUACAAGUUGGUUUGUGCAUUCCCAUCCACUGAUUUUGAUGAUGGAUAUGAAUUUGAGAUAUAUUCCUCUGCAGAAGGAUGUUGGAGAAUUUCUCGGGAGAUUUGCCUUGGGGAUAGGAAACUCCUGCCAAGCCCAGGUGUUCAUGUGAAUGGCAUUGUCUACUGGCAAAUGAAGCAUGGCGUGCUAGUUGCUUUUGAUCUUGCAAGAGAGCGGUCACAACUCAUCUAUGGCAUGAAAGGGGCCUUGUGUGUGAUGCAAGGGAAGCUUUGUUCAGUUUCCAUGCAUGGCUGGACUGUAACUGUGAACGUGUUGUCUAAUGUCUACUCAAACACCAUGGAAAUGCAUAGCAAGGCCAGGACAUGGGUGCAGAAACGACUCAUCAAUUUAGACCCUUCAGCUCUUGGUGCGGGUUCCUGCAAGCAGCCAUCAGUGGUGUUUGCUGACAGUGAUACAGUGGUGAUUCACGACGGGACUACAAUCUUUUCUUAUGACAUGAAGAGCAAAGAAACUUCGGCCUUGGGCAGUGCAGUUGGGACGAGGCUGAUUGCAUAUGUGAAUAACCUUGUCCAUGUGUAGUUAGGGCCUUCUCUUCUCAGUCUUUUGUUUCUCACUUGAUACAAUCUCUAGCCAUGAAACUUGAAUCAUGGGCAAUCGGAUUUGGUGAUAAUGUUUUAAUCCAUGAAGGUUGGUGCGA